AUGGCGCCAACGAAGGCCGAGAAAAAACCAGUCGCAGAGAAAGCUCCGGCGGAGAAGCAGCCGAAGGCCGAGAAGAAGAUCCCCAAGGAAGGCGGCGUCGAAAAGAAGAAGAAGAAGGUGAAGAAGAGCACCGAGACGUACAAGAUCUACAUCUUCAAGGUCCUGAAGCAAGUGCACCCCGAUAUCGGGAUCUCGAGCAAGGCCAUGGGGAUCAUGAACAGCUUCAUCAACGACAUAUUCGAGAAGCUCGCGCAGGAGGCCUCGCGAUUAGCUCGCUACAACAAGAAGCCCACCAUUACGUCGCGGGAGAUCCAGACCGCGGUCAGGCUGGUCCUGCCCGGUGAGCUCGCCAAACACGCCGUUUCCGAGGGCACCAAGGCCGUCACCAAAUUUACCAGUUGUUAA